AUGUCUCUCAGAAUCAAACUCCCAAAACAAACAGCCCAGAACUCUGAGGCGGGACCAUCCAAGCCCAUGAAGCGCGGGCGCAUCCAGUCGGACGAUGAAGCGGAGGUCUCCCCGUCCAGCUCCAUGCAUGAUUACGGAGCUGCUCAGCCAUCCACAAAGCGAGGCAGGGUAGACGAGCACAAACAAAGAGGCGGCGAACCGGAUGAUGACGGAGAAGACGAGGUUGACGUCGACAUCGAAGCCGAAGAGGAAGAGGAGACGCGUUUCUUGCCCCCCUCACAGUCUGUCUCUGUCUCACCUCACCCCAAUUCUCGAUCCAAACGCAAGCCGCAAACCUCGAGCAGAUCUAAAGCGAAGUCAGAUAGCAGAUCAGGUUCAAGCAGACCUGAGCGCAAGACAAGACGCGCGCCCAUCGUGUGGUCAGACUCAUCAGACGAGGAUGGCGAGUUCGUGGACGCUGGCAGGAUCAUGGACCCGGAAGACGAGGACUUUGCCCCAGUGCCCUCUCAGCCUAAGAAAGCUGCCAGCGCAACAAAACCAAGGAAUGGGAAGCUGGUGGUAAGCGGGAAGAGCAAUCGGGGCGCCCUCAAGAAGGAAGAGAAAGAGUUCGCUAUCAGGGACGAACGCAAGCUUCCCGCACCUACUGCCUCCAUGUCGAAGGAGAAACAGCCACUUCCUAGCACAAGCAACAAGCGACCCGCACCCAAAGAGGAAGACCAUGCAGUACCGGCUACUCUAGAUGCGUCGGAGAAGGCGCAACCUGAGUCCUCAAUUACGGCGGAGGAUCCCGUCCCUCCACCACCGAAGAAACGCAAACUACCGCCCAUCAAGAAGAACAAGACCACUACACCAUCUACGCCUUCUACUGCAAGGCCUGCUGCCCCUGCUGCAAAGAAGGAGCCCCCUGCACCUCCGCCGCCUGCGACGCCCUCUACGGAUACGUCUGUGAGAAAGGUUGCCGCCACUGCUAACCAUGCAGACUUCGACUUGCGCGACAAGAGCGUCUAUGCGCAACUGUUCAGUAAGCCUGCAGGCUCAACGCCUAAUGCUGGCUUGAAUCGGAAGGAGAAGGAGGAGGAGAGGCGGCGAGAGCUGAACAAGAUGCGCGAGGAAGCACGCGCUAAACGUGCUACCGAAGCUAAGCGUGCGUUUGACCUGCAAGCAGCGCAAGAGAAGAUCUCCAAGGUUGAGGAGAGAUUCCGCGCGCGAAAGUCUAUGGCUGCGUUCCCAAACGUGUUGGGCGGAUAUUUCAAGGCUAUUUACGACAGAGAACACGGCAAGGAACGUUGA